AUGGAUCACUUUUCUCUUAAUUCUGUCGGGUUUGUGAACCUAUUAUCUUCCCAGUGCACUCAAACCACUCAAAACACUCAAAACACUCAAACCACUCAAACCAUAGAUGUAGGGUCCUCAGGUGUUCCUAAACCCGUAGAGAGGAGAAAGUGGACAACACAAGAGGACAUUGUCCUCAUCAGUGCCUGGUUGAACACCAGCAAGGAUCCCAUAGUUAGUAACCAGCAGAAGUUAGGUUCGUUUUGGAAAAGAAUAGAGGAUUAUUUUAAUUCAAGCUCUCAGCUCACUGGCGCUGUUCCUAGAGAGUGGAGUCAGUGUAAGCAGAGGUGGGGAAGGAUUAAUGAGCAGGUUUGUAAGUUUGUGGGAAGCUAUGAGGCGGCUUUGAAGGAGCAAGCUAGUGGCCAAAAUGAGAACGAUGUCAUGAAGUCUGCUCAUGACAUCUUCUUCAACGACUACGGGAUGAAGUUCAAUCUUGAACACGGCUGGAGGGAGUUGAGGUUUGAUCAAAAGUGGAGAUCCAACUCUGUCUCAAAAGAUGGUGCAAAGGAGAAACGGAAGGAAGCUGCAGAGUCAGUCUCUGACUCGGAUGAGGCUAGGCCUCCUGGUGUUAAGGCUUGCAAAGCAGCCAAACGCAAGAAAAAGGGGAAUGAAGCAGCCUUUGAAAAGACUAGAAACCAUUCUAGACUUGAAACGCAACCUAGCCAAACAAAAAAUUCUAGAUCGUCUCCUCUCUAA